CGUGGAAGCCCGCGGCCCAGCUCCCAGUUGCUCCCCGGAAGGAGUUGUGCGUCGGACCGCAGCGCGGCCGGAAGGGGGACGCUGGUUCGGGGGGACACUUCCGCUUUCUUUUGAUUGCCGAGGUCUCAGCCUCCCGGAGACCUGCUCCCGCCUUGUCCUCUGCGACGGGUCUGGGCCGGGGCUUCCCUUUCGCUGUCUGUAUGGCCGCCUCCGUGAACUUUAAAACUUAUGUGGAUCAGACUUGUAGAGCUGCUGAAGAGUUUGUCAACAUUUACUAUGAAACGAUGGAUAAAAGAAGAAGGGUGUUGGCUAGACUCUAUUUGGACAAAGCAACGUUAAUUUGGAAUGGUAAUGCAGUGUCUGGACAAGAAGCACUGAAAGAAUUUUUUGAAAUGUUGCCAUCUAGUGAAUUCCAGGUUAAUAUGUUAGACUGCCAACCUGUUCAUGAGCAAGCUACUCAAAGCCAGACAACAGUCCUUGUAGUGACAUGUGGGAGAGUAAAAUUCGAUGGCAACAAGCAACGUUACUUCACCCAGAAUUUCUUACUGACAGCACAAGCUACACCUACCAGCACAGUGUGGAAGAUUGCAAGUGACUGCUUCCGCUUCCAGGAUUGGGCCAGUUAAUGGGGACUGAGAGGUGAUUGCUUUCCCUCUUCAUUGCGUGACUUUAGCUCUCUGGACAGUCAUUCUCUAAAAGUGAAAGACCUUUAUCCCUUCUCCUAGUGUGACGUUCGUUUUGGAAGUACUGCAGAUCUGUGUUGUGCUAGUCCUAGAGGCCCUGGACUUAAUGGCAAAUGUAUUUUUGAAAUGGAAGAAGUUUGCUCAGGUUACUUGGGCCCCUGUGAAAUAUUUAAGGCAGUGAGCCAGAGGUCAUAACCGUUCCUGAAGUUUGUGUUACUGAUUCUCUCAUGUAAUGUUGAAAUCAUUCCUGUAAAAGCCUUACAUACAACUAUCCUGCUGCUUCAGGAACUUUUUCAAUAAUAUUGAAUGCUAAAAUCUCCACUACUUGGACACUGAAUCCAUUCAUACAGAUGUGCAAUCAUUUCAGUUUAUAAACACCAUCUUUGAAGCAGACAUGACAGUGAGAAAUGGAGUUAGUUGCUCCUAUAUGAAACUCAGAACUGCUUAUUUUGAGCCUUGAGCUUGAUCUGGCAACCAUUAGAGUUCUUUUUUCUAAUUAGAGUGGCCACAUCACAGUAACUUCUCAUAUAGUAGAUGGGAGAGAUCCCACUUGGAGUUGUAGUGUCACCAAUGAAUUACAUGGUUUGGGGGAUGGGGGAAUAAAGGGAUUGGCAAAUACAGUCAUACUUUCUGCUUCCUCUCUGAAAAUUGAAAAUAUAACUUUUGAACAUGUGUAAACUCUCAAAAAAUCAUCUGUUGUAAAGCCAAUGUUUAGUGUCCUUGAUGUACAAGGAAUACAACACUUAUCAGGUUUCCCCUUUGGCUUAACCCUCUUAAUGUUUGGUUAUGAUCACUUAUGUAGAUCUAGGUCCACACUAACCCCUCUGUUGAAUGCAAAGGGAAAGGACAAGCAUGUUAAGUUGAUUUGAGAAGCUGCUUCCCUUUCUUUGGAAGUCUUGGAGUAUAAGCUACAUAUCCAUCAGCUGUGUCAUCCUUUGUUUUCUGUAGCUAGUAAUUUUAUUAUUACUAUGAAGCACAUUAUACUUAUUUUAUUGCAACUUUUUCUCCUAUUUUGAAUUUGCAAGCUUUUACCCCAUCAGUCUGAAACAUAAUAGGAAAGUGGCAUUGAAAUUGUAUAUAUGAUAUGGUAGUCAUCUCUUUAGUGCAGUUGUUCAGAAUAGGUCCCAGAAGGAUAUUAACCCCUCUACAUGAGAAAAUUUUAUUUUCCUUCAGUCCGAAGUUAAUUCGCAACUUUCAUUUGUCUUUCUCCUGUUUGGUUUUUAUUAUGGGUUUCUCAGAAUAUGUUUACCUUAAAUUGCUAUACUCUUGGUUCUAUUUUUAAUUUUUUUUAUUGUUUUAAAGUUUAGAGGGUAGCUUGCUUUCUUAACCUGAAAUAACGCUUUAGAUCUCAGAGUGGCAGCACUUUGUGUUCAGACUGCUAAUCUAAGUUGAGCAAAUUAAAAGGAUGGAAAUCUAGUCACAUAGUAAGUACUUGAAAAUGCACACUCUGCUUGUAAGUAAAAUUAUAUUUGACAGUAACUUGUAAAUCUGAUCUUAAUUUCAUCCUGACGGAUGUUUAGACAAUUCACAAGGUUGUUACUUUUAUACUGGGUAACAACUCAUUUUAUUCCUUAAAUCAUAAAACAGAAAAUAAACCAUAUUUUAAAAACUUAAGUUUACUUAACAUAUGUUUUAACAAAUAAUGGUAUAAGUUAAUAUAAAGAUGAAAUGAUAGGCUGCACCAGUAAUUAACUUAAAGAGUUUUCAGCAAUGUUUAUAUCAUUAGGUUGGCGAAUUUGUAAUAUAUUGGCCAACCCUCGUAAAUGGAAAAUUUUCUAUAGUUAAAGUCUGAAAUGGUCUCUCUGAAGUCCUUGCUCAAGAAACUGCUUCCUCUGUUUUCCUACUUUUGAGAAAACAUGAAUCUAAAAAUGGCAUAAGGACUACAAAACUGUUUAACGUUGUAGCUAUCGUAAAUGUUUUGCGAUCUGUGUGUGUAGUGGGGAAAGAUUGACCUUUUUAACUGUGUAAUGUUAUCUUGCAAUAAUGUUGGGAGGUUUUCAUAUCUUUUCUACCAGAUCAAAAGAAGAAUUAACGUUAAAGUUAUCUGCUAAUUAUAUAGCAUUGUUGAAUUGUGGUGGUGUUGUAUUAUGGUUACAACUCACUGUUUCUUACAGAUGAAAUUCAUAUUCCUAAUGUAUCUUGUCUUUAUACGGUAUCAGUAUAACUUUUAGCUCUAAAACAUUUAUGGGUGAAAUUCCAGCUCUGGGCUUCUGAAUUAUGAAGACAUUCAGUCUUCAGAACACAAUAUUCUUAUACCAAACAAAUACAUUUAUACUCAAGUAAAUAUUUAUUUAAAACUAUUGGGAUGACACCUUAAAUCUUAAAUUAGCAUGUACAGUUGUCUAAGACUUUCUGCCACAACAGUGGAAGUUUUAGAUGUAGAUGUAGCCAUUCUAUACAUUCUGUUCAGAUGGAAGCAGGUUUGGGCUUUAAGUAUGGCUGGUGCUCUGAGUUCUUACUAUUUUGAAGCAUAAUUUAGUAUGUGCACAAACUAACUUAGUUGUACAAGCUCUGCCUUCAAUUGUGUUAAUUUCACAGUUGGAAGUGGAUCUUGGCUGUUGCUAGAUUUUUUGCUUGGAUUUUUGUUGGAAUUGGUGGAAGUGAUGAUGUUCCGCACCAUUCUUCCCGCUUCCCUUCCCUUGUUACUACACCUUCAGUAGAGCCAUAAUAAGGUUUGGCUUUUGCAGUUGUUGAUGAUUAUGUCUUUGUAGCUGGAGGUGAUCUGCCUUAAAGAAAAGGGGCGUGCUCAGGCUACCAUAAUUGCCUGCUAACCAAAAUUCUUAAUUUUCUUAAUACUUGUACAAAAUCAUAAGAACUAAACUGCAUAGAAGUCCAAACACUCUGAUGCUUUCCCUUGCUGUUAAAAUAGUAAAUUCUGGGCAUGUAGCAAAGCAGUAAUACAAAAUCAAGCUGAAAAGCUAAGCAAAUGCAAAUCCUAAUAAUAUCUUCUGGCACUUGACAACUGGAUAGAGCUAUUUUGCCUAUCUUGUAUUGAUUGCCUCCUUUAGUCAAUUCUGUUUGACAUUCUAGUUAUGUUUUGCUCUUUUUAGUAUGCCACAAAUAAUUUAAAAUGCUCAGUGCUGCCAUUUCUUGGAGGGGAAGUAUUUUGUCUUCAAAGGCUAGCAUAGGUAAUGCUUGUUAUCUGAUGAGAGACUUCUGAGUAUAUAAAGAAGUGAUGCUUUUUAACAUCAAAAUAGCUUUCCACAAACUUGAAUGUUUUAUAAUCUUUUGCAACUGUUUAAGACCUCUUGUAAGGGUGUCACUUAAAAAAAAAAAAAAAAAAAAAAAAAAGCUUGAUCUGGUAUUUUAUUUUUAUUACAAGUUUUCAUAGUGUUUUCUUACUAUAUUAAAGUUCAGGAAAUAACAUUUGGCUCUUCAACUUUGCUGUUUGGGUUUUAGCUUUGAGUUACAUAUGUUCUAAUUAUAUUGCCACCGUAUGGUACUCAGAUGUCUCAAAACAGAGGCCACCAGUGUGCAUGCUCCGUGGUGGUGGUGGUGGUGGUGUCUCUCCUGUGAUGAGAAAAAUGAACUGAUGGUGACAACUGAUUCCACAGUCAUGUGCAUCAGCAGGAGAAUAAUGCAGCAUAAUAGAGGUACAUGAUACUUGAGAGGGCAGAAGUAAAAUCUCUGGGGAAUGGGGCAAUUCCCUUGGAUAAUAUUCACUGACGUUUACAUCACCAUUCAACAAAUGCUAAGAAGUAGUCAGCCAAACACAUAGUGUAUGCAAGAUGCUUGGAUGGUAAAUGUUCUCCCCUGCCUCCCCAAAAGCAUAGACUAUGCCUGUGCUAUAACUCUUCUAUGGAUAAAUAGAACAUUGACCCAAAGAACUAAAUUCACUCUUUGUUUUUCCUUUUUUAGCAUCAAGAAUGGCUGAGUUCAAUAGACCAAUUGGCUACUAAAGUUACAAGUUUACACUUAGGUGCUGAUCACCUUCAAUUUUCAUCAACAUCAGUAGCAGUUAAGGGUGCUAAACUCUUUGGAGGGUUGGUCACUCAGUGAAAAGUGCUUUAAAUUUUGUUCAAAUGUGAGUCUAAAAACUAGGAGUGAGGCUCUGUGCUGUACCUAACUUACAGGGGCCCCCUGAGGCUGUCCUUUGGGCUGGAAUGCUGCCUAGAAUCUCUUUAGUGUUGUGGCUCCACCCGCACCAUGCCCCACUCAUGGUGGCGCAACUUUUUUGUACCAGAACUUAUGAAGGGUCCUUGGAGGACAGCCUUACAGUUGUUUUCUGCAGUGCCAACUCCCCGUGGCUUUUAGGGCUUUUCAUGCUCCUCUGGCCAUUUUACCUAGCAUAAAAGGUCUGGAAUGAGGGUGAAGAGCUUAAAAGGAAGUAGGGCUGUCAAGCAAUUAAUCACUCUGUUAAACAAUAGGAUACAAUUUAUUUAAAUAUUUUUGGAUGUUUUCUACAUU